AUGGCGUCAACGCAGGACGCUUGGUAUAUUUCUUUACUUGGUUUAGCAGAACACUUUCGUACAUCGAAUCCUCCUGACAUAAAAAGUUGUAUCCAGUGCCUACAAGCUGUAUUUAAUUUCAAACCACCACAAAGAGUAGAGGCCAGGACACAUUUACAACUUGGAAAUAUUCUUUUGACACACACCAAAAACAUCGACUUGGCGAGAACGCAUUUAGAGCAGAGUUGGUGCCUGUCUCAGACUAUCAAUGGAUUUGACGAUGUUAAGUUCGAAGCGGCAAGUGUCCUCGCUGAGCUCUUCGAGCAGCAGGGCCAGCCUACACACUCAAAGCCCAUACUUCGAAAAGCUAUUGAAUUGUCACAACACAGUGUAUAUUGGCACUGCAGACUUAUAUUCCAAUUGGCACAAAUUCAUGCAACAGAACGGGAAUAUGAAGUGGCAAGCAGUCUGCUAGGCGUUGGCGUAGAUUACGCACAGAUAUCCAAUGCUGCCUACACCAGAGUACUAUUUUUACUAAGUAGAGUAAUGCUACUAUUAAUAGACAAGAAGAUACAAGAAGUAUUACCAUUGUUAAAUCAGGCUGGCCACCUCGUAGACUCAUGGACUGGCAGUCCACAUCAGAAAGAGUACCUCAAAGUAUUUUUUUUAGUGCUACAGGUAUGUCACUAUUUAAUGGCGGGUCAGGUCAAGAGUGUGAAGCCGUGUCUCAAGCAGCUUCAGCAGAGCAUACAGACUAUUAUGGCGCCUACGUGGCCUGAUGACGAUGCGGUGUGCGGUAGUGCGCCAGGCGAGUCGUUCGUGUGGCUGUCGCGGCAACAGCUAUACGUGCUGGUGUACCUGGUUACCGUGAUGCACUCGGCGCAGGCUGGCUACAUGGAGAAAGCGCAUAAGUACACUGAGAAGGCUCUCGCGCAGAUUGACAAGCUCACAUCGAGCGGGUGCGACGAGAGCCGGUCGUCGGCGAUGGGGCGCGGAGGCGCGGCGCUGGCGUGGCGCCUGCGCAUGGCGCUGGUGGAGCACGCGGCGCUGUGCCGCCUCGUGGCGGGCGGCAAGGCGCAAGCGCUGCACGAGAUCGCGCGCGCCGCGCAUCUGCUCUCGGUGGCGCCCACGCCGGCGACGGCAGCGGCCCACACGCCUCAGUUACAUUGUCUACUUGGACUGUACGCUAUGUCUAUGAACUGCAUGGAGGCUGCUGAGGCGCAGUUCCAUACCGCCAUACACAUGUCACAAGAAAGAGAUUUGUGGAUGUUCGCAAAAUUGAAUUUGGCUAUAGUAUAUUUACGAGGGCGAAGAGACAACGAUCUAACGCAACUGAUGGAACAAGUGAGGCCAGAGUCGUUACCAGCAUACGCGCACGGGCUGCGAGCUGCGUCGUACUAUGUACUAGGACUGCAGGCUUUCUUCCAAGCGCGGUAUAACGAGGCGAAGAGGUACCUCCGCGAGACGUUGAAAAUGGCGAAUGCUGAGGACCUAAACCGACUGACGUCAUGCUCCCUGGUGCUACUGGGGCACAUUUUCUUGUCGAUUAAUAAUUCUCGUGAGAGUAUGAAUAUGGUUACACCAGCCAUGCAACUUGCGAGCAAGAUUCCUGAUGUGCAUGUUCAGUUGUGGGCAUCGGCAAUAUUGAAAGACUUAUACCGGCUCGCCGGCGAGACGGAGCGAGAGAACGAGGCGUACCAGAUGCACUGCAACUUCUCGCAGGCGCUGCUGAAGGACCACUUCCAGGCCACGCAGCUGCCGCAGCACGCGCUCGUGCACUGGACCAGCGGCCCCCCGCCCGCGCUGCCGCCGCCGCCCGCGCAGCCGCCCGCGUAG